GACGACUCGCAAGCGGAGGUUGGCUUCACAUUGAUGGCUGAGCAUCGGCGGCAGGGUUACGGUCAGGAAGCCCUUGCUGGGCUUCUUCGCCACCUAUUCUUGGACCGCGGCAUGCGGCGAGUCACUGCCACGACAGAUGAACGCAAUGAGCGUGCUGUCACACUGCUGCGAGCAGUUGGGAUGCGCCAGGAGGCUCUACUGAGAGAAUCCUCAUUUUGGAAGGGGGAGCUUUGCAGCGAGUACCUCUUUGCGAUGCUUGCAUCAGAGUUC